AUGGGACGUGGAAGGGCGACUAGCUCGCCGAUCCUCACAGCUGUCCUUCCAUGUCUAGCGGCGGUCAUCGUCGCUCUGCUGCCACGUGGCGUCCAGCCCGUGACUGUCGCCGACUCACAAGCGGCGGCGCUGAAGGAGUGCGCGGCGGAGUGGGGGAUGCGCGCGACGGGGUGGGCGCAAGGCGCGGACUGCGCGCAGGCGAAGGGGGUCACGUGCGACAAGGACGGCAUGGUCACACAGCUGCUGCUCAAUUCAAACGGCCUCACGGGCUCCAUCCCCCUCGCCCUCACCGCGCUCCCUCGCCUGCGCUUGCUGGAUCUUCAGUCCAACAGUCUCUCUGGCCCUCUGCCUCCCGCCCUCUCCGCCCUCCGCCUGCUCACCUCCCUGAAGCUGGGUGAAAACUUCCUCACGGGUCCUGUGUUCACCGUCAUUGCGCGCAUGCAAUCGCUUGUCGAACUCGAGCUCUACAGCAACAGCUUCACAGGGCCCAUUCCACUCACCGCCUCGCGCCUGCAGAAUCUCACGUCUCUCGCCUUGAAUAACAACGACUUUCACGGGCCCUUCCCACCAGCCUUCACCCACAUCACUGCCCUCGCCUACCUCUACGCGCCAAACAACAACAUCACAGGAAGCAUCCCCGCCACCAUCACUGCCCUCUCCCGCCUCGCCUCCCUGGAAGUGAGUGCGAACCCUCUCUUCUCGGGCUCUCUGCCCCGCGCCCUGUCUCGCCUCACCACCCUCCGAGUGCUGUCAGCACCCCCCCUCCCGCACCUCCUCCUUCUCCCCCUCACCUGUUUGCGCCUCUCCUGCUCCUGCUCCUCCACUUCGCCCCCCUGCUUCGACUCGAAUCUUCACCCCUCUGCACCGCCUCUCACCACUCCGUCGUGCACCCCUCUUAUAGCACCUGCUGUCUCCCCUCUCAUGCGCCCCACCCACCCCACCACUGCCCGCCUCACUCUCCUCUACCUCUGCGGCUGGCCCUCCUCACUUUCCCUUUCAACUUUUGCUGCCUCCGCGCCCAUGCUGAAGCGCUCAACCAACUGCCCGCACAUCCCCCUGGCUGACAUUCUGAGGGUCACUGAUGGGUGGGCGGAGGGGCGGCUUGUGGGCGGAGGCAGGUGGAGUAACGUGUACCGGGGGGAAUGGGUGGAGGCGGUGGAGGGGGGGGAUGGGGAGGAUGGGGGGAAGGAUGGGGGGGAAGAUGGGGGGAAGGAUGCGGAAGGAACAGGAAAGAAGAAGAAAACGGAGGGGGGUGACAAGGGGGAAGGGUCACAAGGCAAGCAGUUGCGAGGGGCAAAUGUGUGGAAAGGGGGAAGGCCGGGGGAGAAGUGGGCAGUGAAGCGCCUGUGGGGGGGGGCGCAUGGGGCGGCAAGGGCGGAGUUUGAGGCUCAUGUGGCGGGCUUGGCGCGCCUUGGGCACUCCAACGUGCUCUCCCUCGUGGGCUGGUGCUGCUGCCCCUUGCAGGAGGAGGGGGAGAGGGGAGGGAGCGGGCGGGAGGUGGGGAAUGAGAUGGUGUUGGUGUAUAAGUGGAUGGAGCGAGGCAGCCUCGAGGCAGCACUGCAGCCAGGCGCGGCGCCGUUAUCGCUGCAGCAGCGGGUGGGCGUGGCAGUGGGAGUGCUGAGGGCGCUCAAGGCAGUGCAGAGCCACGGGCAGGUGCAUGGCGACCUCAAGCCCUCCAACGUGCUGCUCGGGGCCUCCUACGAGGUGCGUGCCAUGCUUCCUCCGAGGAACAGCGGCAGCAGGAGCAGCAGCAGCGGCGGAGGGCGAGGGCAGAAGGUGUAUGUGCUGCGGUGCACGGAGGGGCAUAUGGACCCGGCUGUGGUGCAAACCGGCAUUGCCACUCCCACCAGUGACAUGUACAGUGUGGGAGUGCUGCUGCUACAGCUGUUCACAGGGUGGGCGGGUCCCUUCAGGGAUGUGGAUGGCCAGCGCACCCACAUCUAUGACUGG